CUAAAGAGAUGGCAAAGGCAGAUGACUUCUCUGUUUUCAGUGUUCUGGUGACGGGAUCCGAUCGGGGGAUCGGCCUGGGUCUGGUGAAGAGGUUUCUGGAGCUGCCCUGUCCACCCGAAUGGGUCUUUGCUACAACCCUUGACCUGGAGGGAGAAGAAACCAAGGAAGUGAGGGAGUUAGCUUGCAAACAUCCAAAUCUAAUGGUGUUGCAAUUAGAUGUUACUAAUCUUGAAAGCAUCCAGGCAGCUCUUAAAGAAGUGGAAAAAUCUGUUGGAGAAGGCGGCCUGACCAUCCUAAUCAAUAAUGCUGCCACUUCGUCCUUCAACAAUCUGGAAACAGAAAAUGCCCAGGAUAUGAUGAGAGUUUACUCUGUCAAUACAAUUGGCCCCUUGCAAAUGAGUCAGGCAUUUCUGCCCCUUCUGAAGAUGGCAGCCCGGAGAAAUCCAUGCCAAGGGCUGAGCAGCAUCAAGGCAGCUGUUAUUAACAUGUCCAGCAUUGCGGGAUCAGUUGAGAACAUGGCUGGUUAUCUGAACAAUGUGAAGAUAAUUGCAUAUCGUUGCAGUAAGGCUGCCUUAAACAUGCUCACCAAGUGCCAGUCUCUUGCGUAUCCGGCCGAGGGGAUUAUGAGUGUCGCCAUCCAUCCUGGCUCAGUUAAAACUGCUCGCAACUCAUUUGAGCUAAGAGAGCUGGCUUGCAAAUAUCCGAAUCUAAUGGUCUUGCAGUUAGGCUGCUCUAAACAUGCUCACCAAGUGCCAGUCUCUUGAGUAUUCAGCAAAUGGGAUUAUGAAUGUCACCAUCCAUCCUGGUUCAGUUAACACUCCUCGCAACCUAAUUGUAAGUUUUUUGAGUUGGGAAAUUAAUGAUGAUCUUACUUGGCAUUGAUGAUGUUAACUAGUUUGGGUAAUGAAACAACCAAGCUCCGAGAGCACCAAGGACCUUUCAUGACAUAGGAAAAGAUACAACACAUUCAUAUGUAUUGAGAUAUCUGUGAAUCAACAUAAUACACUUGUAAAGCUAUAUAAAUGACCUAAUGAUGAGUCCCUAAAAUUUUAGUAUUCUGAUUAUUUGGGUUCUUAGUAUUUUGUUUGAUAAAAUAAUGUGCUAGUGUAAAAGUAGAUAUGACAAAUAUCUCCUUCCCCUAAAAAAAGUUUAACUCCGUUUGUCCUUAAAAGGAAAUAUACUAAAUCUUGCUUUCACCUUUUUGAAUCUCUUCCAAUUUGAGCUACUGGUUUAAUCUCCCUAUUUGCAGCGUACUAUAUCUGCAGGAAAGCAAAUGCUUAUGUCUGAAAUGACAAGGACC